AUGGACAACAUUUCUGGAGUCAUUCUCACAUUCACAGCACUGAAUGAGACCGACGAGAUAAGCAAACUUAUUAUAUUUGCUUUUUCUCUUACUAGUUUUUUUCUAACAGUUUUUCUCAAUUCAAUGCUGAUCCUUAUUAUAGUUGUAGAGAAAACUCUGCAUGAACCAAUGUAUAUCUUUUUGGGAAAUUUGUGUCUUAAUGGUUUGUGUGGAACUGCAGGCUUUUAUCCAAAGCUUUUAUUUGAUUUAAUCAUGCAAACUACUUCAGUCUCACUUCAAGCAUGCAUUGUACAAAGUUAUGUUGUUUUCAUGUAUGGAAUCGGAGAAAUUACAAAUUUGAGCGUUAUGGCACUGGAUAGGUAUUUGGCUAUAUGCAGACCUCUAUAUUACCACAGCCUAAUGUGCCGAGCCACAGUAAUGAAACUACUGACAUUUAUAUGGAUGUUUCCUUUCUGUACUGUUUUGGUUAUUAUUUUAAUGGCAGCCAGGAAUCCCAUAUGUGGACGACACAUGGACAAACUGUACUGCGGAAGCUUUUUCCUGGAGAGACUGGCAUGCCAAACACAUAUUUCUGAAGCAAUCAUCAAAGGGUUCUUUUUUUUUUUGUUGGAUAUUCUAAUGGCAUUUGUGUUUUUUUCCUAUAUAAAACUAAUCAUUGCCUGUAAGCAGUCUAAAGUAAAUCAGAGUAAGUUCAUGAGCACAUGUUUACCACACUUAAUAGCCUUUUCAAAUUUCAUGGCAUUAUCACUGCUGGAUGCCUCACACACACAGUUUAACGUAGAUCUGCCUCAAACAUUACAGCACUUUAAUUCAGCUUUGAUUUUAGUUAUUCCUCCUUUUGUCAAUCCCAUAAUAUAUGGCAUAAAAUUAAGCCCAAUCAGGACACACGCAUUAUAUUUUGCCAAGAAAUUGCAAUUUAAUGCUUAA